UUCCUUCUUUUCACGCCCCCCACCUCUUCCCCAGCGUCAGACCCAAUAGGAAACCGCCUCGCUUUCCUCUUUCCUCCAUUCUUCUUCUUUCCGUACCCAAGAAGGACCGAAAAAAAAAAAGGGAAAUCGUUUAUUAAAUCCGCGUUCUGAGUGGGCGUUAAUCUCUCAAACCCUAACCCUAUAUCUCAUCUCCCUUCCCCAUUCCUCCUCGUUUCUGCUUCCACCCCCUUUAAAAAUCCCUCCUUUUCCCAGCAAGGAGGUGCAGAUGGAUCAGAAGAGCCAGGGGACCCCCCCGGCCAUCGGUGUCGCCACCCCGGUCCCAUACUCCGCCGCCGCCGCGACAGCGCCCUAUCAGGCGUACCACCACCUCUACCACCAGCAGCAGCAGCAACAGCAGCAGCAGCUCCAGAUGUUCUGGGCUGACCAGUACCGCGAGAUCGAGCAGACGACCGACUUCAAGAACCACAACCUCCCCCUCGCCCGGAUCAAGAAGAUCAUGAAGGCCGACGAGGACGUCCGCAUGAUCGCCGCCGAGGCCCCCGUUGUCUUCGCCCGCGCCUGCGAGAUGUUCAUCCUCGAGCUCACGCUCCGGGGCUGGGCCCACGCCGAGGAGAACAAGCGCCGCACCCUCCAGAAGAGCGACAUCGCCGCCGCCAUCACCCGCACCGACGUCUUCGACUUCCUUGUCGACAUCGUGCCCAGGGAGGAGGGGAAGGACGAUGCCAUCCCCCGGGGUCUCGCGGGGGCACCGGCCGACCCCCUCGCCUACUACUAUGUCCCGCAGCAGUGAAGGCAGGAUAUGUGAGUGAGUGGUUGUAACUGGAAACUUUUGCUUACUUUGGUGUGGGUCUCUUUUUCCUCUUUGUUGGAUAGCUAUAGCCUGGGGAUCAUUCAAGGUGGAUAAGUAAGUUAAGGAUUGUUGCAUCUGUCGUUUUGGCUUGGUUAUGUACUUGCGUUCUGAAAAACCGUUCUAUGAAUAGAUCUGGUUGUUAUAACUCUGUGUGCUUUUCUUGAUGUUUGUAUGUUCUAAUAUAACAUAUUAUCUUUCUCCCGUA